AUGACAUCCACAACAACACAUAUUCCACCAGAUGUGAGCAUCGGCUACAGAUUGGAGGUUGGUACGACAGUCACUUUUGUCUGCGCCGUUAUUGUUGUCAGCCUACGCAUGGUGGCGCGUAGUAUAUACGCAAAGAUGAGCUGGGACGACUAUCUGAUGCUUCUCGCUCUGGUCCUUGCCCUCGUUGCAACAGUCUUUGACUAUAUCUCCGUUAAUUACGGACUCGGUAGACACCUGAUUUAUAUCCAUAAAAACGAUGCGGUCUCCGCCUUGUACUACGAUCUGUUGUCCCAGGUCUUCUGCAUUAACGCCCUCAGCUUUGCAAAGAUCUCAAUCUGUCUGUCCUACCUGCGAAUUCUGAAGGGUACCCGUCACUAUGUACUGCGCGUGGCUUGCUAUCUCACCGCAUUUCUGGUAUUUGCUGUCAACACCGUGGUGAUUAUCUCGCUUUAUGGGCAAUGCAAUCCACCCCACAAGUCCUGGAACCCAUUCCUUCCAGGUAAAUGCUGGGCGUACCGAACGGAAAUUGGACUGGUGUUACUACAAGGAGCCUGGUCCGCCGUCACCGACUAUUUCCUCUCCAUUCUUCCUUUCUUCCUCUUCAAAGACCUCCAAGUCAGCCGGAGCAACAAAAUAGUCUUAUGUGGUUUGAUGGGCCUCGGCGUCAUCACCGGAGUCUUCGCUACCAUCCGUACCAUCGAAUCCGGCCUGGGCCUCAAGAACGGAACUAGCGAUGUUUCCUACACUACAGUUAUGGGCUUGAUGUGGGCAGGGAUGGAGCGCAACAUUGCUAUGAUGAUCGCCAGCGUACCAGCACUGCGCCCGCUGGCGGGGCCUGUAGCCAAUUUGACCUCGCAGACGAUGUCUUACUUGGGCGUUCGCUCAUCAAAGACCCAACAGACCUAUGAAAUGAACAAUUCGGGCAAUUCAUAUGAGAAUAAGUCUCAGGGGAGCUCGCAUCCAGGCAAGAAGUCGUUUUCCACUGCGGCAGUGGAUAGGUCGACGAGUUUGGAGAGGAUUUUACCAGAGAUGGCACCUCGGGAUAUUGUCUAA